GGGCCUAAGUGUAUAAAUUGCGUGGCUCAUUCAUCAUCAGAAAUAGAGCUUAUAGACCAAGCUUCCUGUCUUCAGCUCCCAGAAUCCUCGAUACAAAAUGAGCAGUCUAAGUAACAUAAAAACAUUAUUGAGAAUCUCCACGCGAAAUUAUGGAUUCACGGCGAUUCGAAGGGAUUAUGGCCCUGAAGCUGUGGAAAAACUUCGUGGCUCUCUCAAGAUCGAGCAAACUUUGGCUAGACGCGGUGCAAAAAGACUUAAGCAGCUGAUAUGCAGCGGAGAAGGAGAAUCUUACGUUCACGCACUGGGUGCCAUGACAGGUUUGUCAAGUCAACGUCGUAAAGAAUAAACAAAUUUUAAAAAGAUUGCAGCUUUUAAUAUUUUAAAAUAACAUUUUCAUAUUUGGAAACAAACUUAAGGUAACUGAACUUAGUUGAAAGCAUUGUUUUUCGUUGAUUUCCGCCUUUUUCUUAAAUUUCUAGCCAAGAUUUCAUUUAAUCAAACAUUUACUCAUUAAGAUGGAGUCCUUGGUUCAGUAAUUUUUUAAGAAUUUUUGGAUGAUUUUUGGAAUGUUUUAGUGUACAAAAAUUUGGGGAAGGGAUGUUUAAAAUUUGGAAAAAUUGGAGAAUAUAGGAUUUGGAGGUCGUAGAUAAAUACCAGAUAGUCCACCACCACAAAAAGGUGCCUCUGAUCCCAUUAGCGGACAAACUGGUUUAUGUACAUAACUUUUCUACCCUAAAUUAUUUUCUUCCCAAAUCAACAUCAUUUCCCCAAAAACAACCAGAAUGCCUCCUUAACUGUUAAAGCAUAAACAAGCACGAACGAUAACAAGUCCAAUUUUUUGAUAUGCUAAACCAAGAAGAGUCAGAUGAAAACUCUUUUGUCAGCACCCUGGGUGCUAUGACAGGUUAAUACUACACUUUGUUAUAUAGCUGGAAUUUUUUUCCCAACGACGCACGCUCUCAUGGGUUACUUCGAGGUCACAUGAUAUGAAACUGUUUCCCGCCAAAAUCUCCCGAGCGACGAACAUUGCAAAAUAUAUGACUUCAAAGGGGAACAGUGCACUGUUACCCGGGAAUAGGGAGUUUAAGUAGUCACGUUUUUGAGCGACGUGCGUCUGCCGGAAGUGGACUUUUUGCGCUCUUGAGCCGUGAUUUUGAACAAUUGUUUGGCCAAAAGCGUCUCUAUAAGAGUAACGACACUUAGCAAUACAGAUUUAGUAGCGCCAGGGCAUAUUAAAAGAGAAAAGGCUCAAAACGUCACUGCUUAAACUCCCUAAUGUUGACCGACAACCACCGUUACAACGAGUUUUUUAAUGAAAUUCCAGCUUCAAAAUUUCUAAAUCACUUAUUUUCAAAGACUGGUCCCUCGCGAAACAGUUAAUUUUGUUUCCCCAGAAUCUUUAGGUUACUUGAACUUUCCAUUUUCUGUCCGCAGGUGGUCAGGCAGUUCAGAUGGCCAAAGCAGGUUUACAGUCCAUUUAUCUGAGUGGCUGGCAGGUGGCAGCUGAUAGUAACAUGGCGGGGCAGACAUACCCUGAUCAGAGUUUAUAUCCUGCUAACUCAGCUGCAAAGCUCGUUGAGCGAAUCAACAACGCCUUUAUCAGAGCAGAUCAGAUCGCACACAUGGAAGAAUCCGACAAACAUAUUGAUUUUUUUUUGCCAAUUGUUGCUGACUGUGAGGCUGGAUUUGGUGGCCCGCUUAACGCCUUUGAAAUCACCAAAGCUAUGGUACGUUUGUAUUUUUCUUCGCGAUAUUUUGUCAAUUUCCAAGCCCUAUGAAAUCAAUUCCUACGUACUAUUCGUUUGUCCAAAAAGGCACGUAUAGACUAUACAGAUUGGCAUUCCUCCCUCGAUUCUCCGCUCGAAGUUUCUCUUCCACGUCUUAAACAAGAAGCACACAAGCUCUCCUUGUUUACGAACUGAGACAUAUAACGUGUUGUAUUUGGCCGUCACAAUUAAGGUUUCAACUUAAUCAUUUACAAAACCAUAGCAACGUUAUUCCAGUUUCUAUGGAAACUAUAACACCAAAAAAAUUCUAUAGAGUACGGUGUGUUAAUAGAAAAAUUUAUACCUUAUCCCUUUGACUGAGUUCCUGUGUUUUCAAGACAAGGGUGACCUCGGCCAUUUCUGAUAUCCUUUUUUUCUUAUCACGGUAUAACCUUUAAAUUCUCUCCAUCAGAUUUCAGCUGGUGCCGCUGGCGUCCAUUUUGAAGACCAACUGGCAUCAGAAAAGAAAUGUGGUCACAUGGGAGGAAAAGUUCUUCUACCAACACAGCAGUUUAUUAAAGUCCUCAAUGCUGCUCGUCUGGCUGCUGACGUCAUGGAUGUUCCCACUGUUAUUAUUGGACGAACAGAUGCUGAGUCAGCUUCUUUAGUGACGUCAGAUAUUGACCCACGUGACCAGCCUUUCCUGACAGGUGAAAGAACAGCAGAGGGAUUCUAUCGUUCAACCGCUGGCUUGGAACAAGCCAUUGCACGUGGAUGCAGUUACGCUCCGUAUUGUGACGUAAUCUGGUGCGAGACAGGCAAACCUAAUUUGGAAGAAGCACACAUGUUUGCUGACGGAAUCCAUUCCAUGUUUUCAGGUAAACCACUCGCUUACAACUGCUCACCCUCUUUCAACUGGAAAGCCAAUCUCAGUGACAAAGAGAUAGCUGUGUUUCAAAAGAACUUGGUAAAAUGGGCUACAAAUAUCAGUUUAUCACCUUGGCUGGUUUCCACUCCCUGAAUCACGCCAUGUUCAAGCUUGCACGCGACUACAAAGAGCACGGCAUGUCCGCCUACACCAAAAUACAAGAAGAUGAGUUCGCGCAAGCGCAGUAUGGCUUUACUGCACACAAACACCAGAGGGAGGUAGGAACGGGAUAUUUUGACCAAGUAAAUGUGGCGAUAAGUGGAGGAUCAAGUUCAACAACAGCUCUGGAUGGAUCAACAGAGGAAGAACAGUUCACUGAGAAUUAUAAAAAGUUAAAAGGAUGGGGUCGACGAGGUUUGACCGACACAUAUGCAUAUUAAAGAGUUUCUAAAAUUGGUUUUAGAUAACAAAUCGAAUCUGCAAUAAUAUAAGGCAAUUUUUUUAAACAUCGUUUCAGUAUUACAUAUUGCACGCUAUGGCAAACGCGCCAUCAGAUGUGUAGGACCUUUCUUAUGGUCUAGACUAAGUAUAAAGAUUGAGGAGACUCUUCAGCUCUAAGUUAAACUAGUAUCAGACAAUGUUGCCGAUAACAAUUAUUGAACAUUGUAAAUAUUCGUUCCUUUUUUAAGUAUUAGAAUUGUAAAUAUUGAAACUUCUUAGUAAUUUAUAAUUGUAAAUAUUCUGUAUAUUGUGGGUUCAUUUUUGUUUUAUUGUCCCCCAAUUAGUUUACACGAGCUUAGUACCCUUAUACGUUCUAAUAGAGACUGGGUCUUUUUUACUUUCUCACUGUACUGCCGCACUUAGCUGAAAGUAAAUUUCAGUAAUCACUCUAUAGCUUAUUCAUUUUUUUCCUAAUUUGUGCUUA